CACUGCACUUUCAGAGGCGCGCUCCUUCCAGCCGAGCAGGAAGGAAGGGGGGAGGUUUGCCACUAACGAAGCCGCUGGUAGUUUGGACCAAAGUUACAUUCAACCCAAUAAAAGUGAAGGACUACCGCACAGUCGCUGCUUUUAAAUACUACGUUUGAAAUUCCGGACAGGCCUCUUUUAUUUGGACUCGUAUUUUUGUUCGUUUCGAUGUGCGCGUGAGCUGGGCGUACACACCUGUGUGUGUGACUCAGUGUGUCCUGCAGGGAUGUGUUCGAGUCGAGGCAUUUGCAACAGCGGCGAGCAACCCGCGAACCGGUCUUCCCGCUCUGAGAGCACCGGUUCGGGGGCUCACUAUGCCCUGUGCGCCCUGGGAGUGGGCCUCAUCGCUCUGGGGGUGGUCAUGAUCGUAUGGACGGUGAUCCCCAUGGACGGGGAGGUGUCGGGCGGCUCCACCAACUCGUCCAGCAACUCCACCGCAGACAACGACAACGAGGACAGCGAACAAGGGCAGCUCUCCAAGUCGUCGUCGGUCGCCAUGGUGCUGGUGGGCGUCGGCCUCGCCCUGCUGCUCCUCUCCAUUUGCCUCGGCGUUCGGAGCAAGCGUAGAGCCAAUAACAGCAGCGAGCAAACAGAGGCGCCAAUGGCAUCGACCUUCAUGGACCAUACGGCAGGCGAGCAAUCAGAUGUUCCAGAUCCAGCCGCAUUCAAUGUGCCAAGCUACGACGAGGUGGUCGGCAGCAGCGACUAUCCUGUGCGUCAGAGCAACCUCCGCCAAAGCAACACCCACCUGCCAUCCUACGAGGACAUCAUCGCAGCCGUGGAGAACGAGGACAGAGACCAGGCCACUGAGGACUCUCCCCUCAACAACCCCGCACCGCCGCCGACCGUGGCUGAGCAGCAAGCUGACGCAGCCCGGCAGCCCAGUCUGCCGGCGCGCAGCGGCAGCCGGGCCAGCCGCCUGCUGCGCCCCCUGCGGGUGAGGCGGAUCAAGUCUGACAAGCUGCACCUGAAGGACUUUCGCAUCCAAAUCCGCAGCCCCACGCACAACCCGGUAACCAUCGAGCCCAUCACGCCGCCGCCGCAGUAUGACAACAAGCCGCCGGAAUUGGGCUGAACGUGAUUAUCUCUGGACUGAUAACACUCCUGAGAAGCCCAUGUUUUCCAAUGUUGCUUCGAAAAAGUAGGUUAGAUAUGGCUGGGAGGAGGACAAUCGCGAGACCAUCCUCCUUGGCGAGGAAAUAUUCUCAGAUGUCUUCUGUUCUGUUACCAUACCUGGGCCUGUGUGAAUUAGCGCAGUACCGCCUUGAUUUAAGUCCAACGUGUAACAUUUACUAUGAGGACAUAAGUGUGUGAUUUCAAGGGCAAAAAGGAGGAUUAGGUAGAUGACGGGCAUCACGUAAACAAGCUUUUGAGAUUUGUGGUCUUAAUGAAGAAGAUGGACUGAGAUGGGGGAAUGUGCUUUUAAAGGCGUCUUAAAGUGGCUCCAGUUGAACAUUUUCAAGUUGAACAUCAUCUUAACGGUGUUUCACAGCACUGGAACAUUAAAUGUAAAUAUUAGAUGUGGUGCUGUAAUAAGGUACGGUUUGCGUUCUUUUAAGCAUUUUGUAUCGUUAAAAUAAAUCUCCUUUCGGUUGCCAAGUGCUUUCAAUUAGUCAGUUUAAAGCAGCUGUUUCAAUGCAACGUUGGUGAUGCCUCGUGUGAUCUUUGUUGUGUUUUUUUUUUUUUUACUGCACUGGAUUCUUCACUCUUUUUAGGUUGACCUCAUUCAUUUAUGCCUUAUUCGCUGGACUGCUGGCGGAAGAAGUAGCAGCAGUCCAGAUUAAAGAAAACGAAUUAGAUAUGCUACAAGUGUAUUUAUGUUCUCGAGUAUCGCUGCCUUUUAUGGUCUAAUAAUAAAAUAUACAGUUUCUGUAGUUGUUUUUA